GUUUCGUUAACUUUGAAUGAAAUUUAUAGGUUUUGGUCGAUGGACCUGCAUCAAACGUUCCACGCUGCGAGAUGAGGUUAAACGAUCUACACCUAACUAAAUUUCGUAUACGUUUCCCAUACACCGGAUCGACCCGUGUCGUGCGUAAAGCAUGGGAAGCAGCCAAGAUCAGUGAUCUUUGGAAAGAAACUAUGUGGUCGAGAAAGGUCGAAGCCAAGAAGAAACGCUUGGAGCUCAGCGACUUUGACCGAUUCAAGUUAAGGAAAGCAAGACAGAUCAGAAAUAAAUUGAGGACAGACGUGUUUUACAGAUUGAAAAAGAAGGUAAAGAAAACAAAGGCCACGGGAGCCACUAAAAAAGUGGCAAAGAAGUAAUUUUUUAUUGUAUGAAAUAAAUACGAAAAUAUCUUAUAA